GCAGGCAGGCAAUCCUCGCUAAGCCCGGCGCUGGGCUUCGUCCGCCUCCUUGGAGCCAUGGGCUAAGAGGCGAGGCGGAAAGCGGGGCUUGGCGGAGACCUUGGUGGGAUCCUUCCUUGCUGUCUGGCGAGAUGUCCGGAGCGCCCGGGCGGAGGAGGACGGGCUCCUCCUUCUGGCAGAACAGCUUCUCCCGGCUCUUCUCCCGGAGCUCUUCCAAGGAGGAAGGGGACAAAGCCCAGGGCGAAAGCAGUUUUGAAGCAAAGGCAAAUGAAUCUACAAAUGUGUUGAACGAGAGAAAGGAAAGCGACCCUCUUCCAGAGCUGUUGAAGUUUGCAGUCUGUGAAAAUAAGAAUCUGUCUACAGAAGAUCUGAGCAGAUCCACCACUCAGGAGGAAAUAAAGAAAGCCAAUAGCCUUCCUAGUUUAGCUCAUGAAUCCAAAACUACCCAUAAUGAGAGACAGGUCAAAGAAGGAUUUUUCCAGUAUCUUGGGAGUUUAUUUGGUAUUUCAUCAAAAUCAUCUCUCAAAGAAACUGAGCAACUUGCUUCUGGAAAUGAACAUGACAGAGCUGAAAAAGACUUUGCAAGUUUAUCGAGCCAUCAGGAAAGUGGACACAUUGAGCCAGAAAUAUUUGUCAUUUCAACUUCUCAAAGUAAACAAGGACAUUCAGACGAAAGUGAAGACAUUAACUUUGUUAAACGACCCAAUUCUGGAUUACAGAAUUUACACAAAGGAAAAGAGAAAUUUCCUGAAGCACCUGAAAAAACAACACAUGAGUUGGGUGCAGCUUCAAUUACUUAUGCAACUUAUCGAGGCUCUACAAGAAUUAAACAACUGCUUAAAAAGCAAGCAGAAUUAGAGCAAGAAAAAGAAGCUACAAGCAAUAUUUCUAGUCUUGAAAACAAAGAAAAUGAGAUAGUAAACAUUCCAGACUCGGAUAUGACCAUAAGACAAACAGAAUCUUUAUUGAAGAAGAAUUCAAAAGCUGGUACUGAAGGUGUCGAAAAAGAUUCACACUCAAGCUCAUUUAAGGUGGAAAUGGACCCACAAAACAUUUCUCAGGACAUCUUUGAUAGUAGCAAACUAAAGAACAGUGUGUUGUCGACUGAAAUGGAAACCAUCAACAAUUGGACUGAAGAUUUAGUUUCUAUGAAAACUGUAUCUUUUUCAAACACACCAGAAGUUAAUGGGAACCUUUUAUUGGAGCCAACAUUGUUGCCAAAGGAAGGCAGUUAUAGCUGCCAGAAUACAGAUCCUAUUAGAAUGAGUCUAGAAAAUAACAGAUUGGCUGAAAAGAGAGGGGAGGUGUUUGGGGAAAUACAAAUGCAGCACCCAUCAAACAAUGCUACUAUUGUUGGCUUUCAAAAAGAAAUGCAUUUUUGUACUUCUAACACAGAAACAAAAGAAACAACGCAACUUGAGUUUCCAUCUCGUCCCAAAGUAGACCCAUUUAAUAAUGAACAACAAUUGGUAGAACAUAAAUACUGCUGUAAUAAUUGGACUGAAGACCCAUUCACAUUAAAAUCAACUAACCAGGAAUUGUAUUUGAGUAGCACAAUUGCCAGUGGUAAGGCAACUAGCCAGGCGGUAAUUAAAAAUGAAGAUUUAUUCAAGAAUGCCGUGGCCGAACAGAAUGAACAAAGCCUUCCAAACAUUUUACCAAAUAAUUUAGAUACUGCAUUCUGUAAAAUUAACAGUAACAAAGCCAAUACAGUCUCAGUUAGAGCUGAUGUAUCUACUCUGGUCCAACCCUCAGACACAAUUCAAGGUAUGGAUGUUCUCAGGAAAAGUUCGGAGAGUGAAGAAGAUGUUAUGUCAGCGGUACCUAGAGGUAUACAAAAUAGUCCUAGCCCUUCUGCAGUUUCUGAGAUUGGAAUUGAUGGCUUUCCCACAGGGAAUUUAUGUGUGCCUGUUGUGGAGUCUGAGCAUGUUGGAAUAACAACGUUGUUGCCUAAUGAUACAACAAUAGGCAAUACCAACACUUCUAUGUUAGCUAUCGGAUAUGAAAAUAUGAAGGCUGAAAUGAAAGCUACUGCAUUAGAAGUAAAAGAUACCAGUACUGACAAAGCUGGGUUGAUGACAAAUGCUUAUCUCCAGAGGCUUGAGGAUAAAAAAGGCAGCUCCCAUCAUCUUGUCAAGAAAGAUAAGGAUGAAACUCUGACUAAUGCAACAAUUAAUUUAGAUGUUUCCUCUCCUACCCUUGAAUUGGAAAAGACAGCGCUUAUAAAUAACACAGAAUCUGGUUUCAUGGUUAACCAUAUUUCUUCACCUCUUAAUAACACAGAAGAUAUUGAAAUUAAGAGCCUAAUCAUGGCUACAGAAAGCAAUAUUCCAUUAGUGAAUCAAACGAGGAAUCAAACUGAAGCUCAAAUGAAUCUUGUUGUUCUUGAAACUAAAGAGAUCAUCUCAAUGCCUCCUUCUAAAGAAAUGUGCCUUUCUAAAGACUUUAGUGUUGUCGAACCAGAAAAUAAUUGUUCUUCAUCUGUUUUUCCUUCUCAUUCAUUACCUGUUUUAGUCAAUAAGCCUUUCAUUUGUGAAGCGGAUAAUACCAGUUUAGACACUGUGUCUAAACCUGUGCCUAAUUUUGAAGAUCAAAGUUUGUUGAAGACCUCACAUUCUUUGUGUCAUGAAAAAGAAGGCGUUGGUGAGUGUACAAGAGCUCCAGCUAUCAUUGAUUUUGCAGAGAUUGAGUAUGGCAACAUAGAUUCUGACCCUACACGUGAAAAUACACAUGUUAUUUCAAAACAAAAAACUUCUGGAUCUUUGAGCACACUGCUUGCUGUGGAUGGUCGAUCUGAGGAUACAGAUGGUGUUUCUGAUUCUUUUCUGGAAACUGACAGCACCCUUAAAACUAAGAUUGUCUCAAAUUCUUCUGAGGUAGAUACUAAGAAUAAGAUUAGCUCAUGUCUUGAAGAAAGGAAGACUGUGACAGAUACUGGUUCAGUAGACUCGAUUCUGCUAAAAGAGGAUCCCUUCCUUAUUACCCUUGAAAAUAUGUGUAACUCUACAUCUGCUACAUCUACUACAUGCCCCAAAGUCACUUCAAAACUUUCUUCUCCGACUUGUGAAACAAUAGAUGCCAUUUCCUUGGAUGAAAUUGGUUCUCUGCCUAGGAAUUCUGAAGAUGCUCUGGGCAAGAUUUCACCUGAGCAUGAAUCAGACUCUCUAACCUCUGAAUCCAUAUCUAAAGCAGUCUGCCCACCCCCAUUAUUAGAACCUAUUGCCUAUGAUAUGGAAGCUAUAGAACCUGUGGAGAUGAUAUUAGGAUUGUCUUUUGCUGCACAUCAGAGCAAACAGGUUGAAAAAACACCUUCAGGACAACUAAACCUUCAUUGUCUCACUGAUGUUUCAGAGCACCCUACUGAAAGCAAUGAUCAAGCAAUUACAAAAUCGAGCAGCCUGGAUUUUGAGGAACCACGGAAAUAUGUUGAAACAGGAAAGCAAGUACAAAUUAAAUCCCACAACUUAACGGUUUUGCUUAAAAAGGCUGAUGAAAUAGUUGAUUCAGUUCUACAUUUAGCCAUAGAAGAAAUAAGAUCAAAGCAAACAGUUGGCAUCUGCCAGACUCAUGACAUUAAGGACAAUUUAUUAGAGGCCAGCCUUCAGAAAGAUCAAAACAUCAUAAAAAAGCUGUCAGAAUCAAAAGGAAUUCAGUCAAAGAAUUCAUCAUUACAGUCUUUUAAUGAGAGUUGUAUCAACAAGCUUUCUGGGGUUAAAGAGGAAGGCACACUGAGCAUAAAUAUUCAAGAUAAAAUGAUUGCAUUGGAUACUACAGAUAAUCCUGACCUACAUAGUUCAAUAGCACUAAUAGCAAAAGAAAUAAUUGAUGAUGUUAUUAAUGCAGCCAAACAAAAACUAAUGUAUGAUCUGGGAGAGGACCAGAUGAGAAAGGCUGUUUCUCAAAAUGCAAAUCUUGACCUUCAGACUGAAGUUUUGGAAACACGAAGCACUGACACUGAAUUAACAGUUAAACGUGUUGAAAUAAUAGGAGAACCCUUGAAUUUAACUCCAGCAUACUCCAGUGAAAUACACAAGAUAAUCAUUGAGCCAGAAGUAGAAAAAUGCUCAUCACCUUUGUAUGUUAAUAUGAAAAAAGACAACAAAGAGGUGAUAGCAGGAAAAAUUGUAACAAAAAAUGUGCUUCCAUGUCAAAAAAAUGGAGAUGAAUGGUCUGACCCUGCUGCUGCAGUAGAGUUUAGUGAUGCGGAAACAGGCCAGAGCAACAAUCAUAAAGGCACCGCUUGCACUCCACAAAUGAUAAAUGCAGAUGACAAUACCAAUAUCUCAACAGCUAAGGGUAAAUCUGAGAAGUCUUCACAUGUAGUAAAUGGAGAGACUGUUAUGACUGAAGUGCAAAUGACAUUAUGUCCAUUUGAGCCAGAGAAUGUGCCACCCUUUAAUCCAAAUGUUGAUACAUAUACUUGCAUGUUUAGCAAAUCCAAAGAUGAAUGUGAACCUUCACUUGAAAGUAAUGUUGUAAAAGAGCUGCCUCAAUAUAUUUGUCAAGAUGAAAGUGCCAUGCUUGUGAGAGAACCAAAUCAAAAUCACUGUAAGACAAACAAUGAAAGGGACCUGGGAGAGAUAAACCAGUCUUGCACAAUGCUACAGGAUAAAACUGUUGAGUGCAGUAUGACUGAGGUAUCUGUAAUGAACAACUCUACAAAGUUUGACCAGAAUCCAGAUUUUCUCAACAAAGACGGAGCAGUAGUUGGACCUGAUCUGAGUAUCAGUAAUGUGCUCAAAGCGCAUUAUGUAGAUUUUAAUGAUGACAGAGAUGGGGAGAUAUCCCCAAAGUUGUCCUCUUUUUCUGCCCCUGAAGAAUGGGAAGGCAAUUCUUCCUUCACUAUAUUGUAUGAAGAUGCUCUUCACACAGAUGGAGAUGAAAGUUAUUCCUUUUCUGUAGAACAACCAGAGAAGCACUUCUAUGUUCCUAACCUCCCCUUGGACAAUAGCCAGCAUUUUGUGAUGUGUGGAACAGGAAAGAGCAUUUUCCCUUUUGAGGAAAAUGACCAGUCAAAUCAGAUGCUAGAGAGCACCAGUUCAGAAUCAUUUCUGACAGUUGAAGCAAAGCGAUUCAGGGUGUACCCAUUCUCUCUGUCUCCAAUAUAUGAAGAUGACAGUUCCCAAGAGGAUUUGCUCUCCACUGACAACUCACCAGGAGAUAAUCUGAAUGAAAAAACAAGAAAUAACCAAUCCUUAUCUGUCUUGUCACUUCUGCAGUCAGUGUCUGAACGGUUACAAUUUAGUGACCAAUGUCAGGAGGAUGAAGAAGAAGCCUGUAUUUCCAGUCACUGGGCAGACCAUUCAACCAGUAUAGUCCCUGAAGACAUUUAUGAGAAGGCUUUGCUUUCUAAGCACUCACGUUUUCUUUCUAAGGAAACAUUUAGCACAAAAGAAGCCUUGUCUUUCAGUCCAUCAUGUUCAGCUCAGCUUUUGCAAGACUUUGAUCAUGGUGUGAAGUCAUCUUCUAAGAGUAUAUACUAUGAAUCCUUGCAAAGUACAAGCAGUUAUGAAGGGGAGAAAGGAACCCAAAUUGGAAGCAUUUUACUGUCUAGGGAUCAGCAGCCUGAAAAUAGUGACUUUAAAAAACUGGCAUGUUUUCAAGCGUGUCCUGUUGACAGAGAAAGACUCAAAUGCAACCCAAGACCAGGAAAAAUGAUUAUUUGUGAUGUUCAUGGGAAGACAAAUAAAUAUGAAAUCUACCAUGAUGUGAUAGAUGUUACAGACUGGGUGUUCUCAAAAGAAGUACUGAUCAGAGUCAUAAGAGGAUGCUGGGUCUUGUGUGAAAAACCAGGAUUCCAAGGUCAGAAAUAUUUCCUGGAAGAAGGAGAACAGAAGUUGAAUGAUAUCUUGAAUCAGCAAACUGAGAAACAUAAAGAAAGCUUUACAAUUGGCUCCAUCAGACAAAUCUUGAAGAAUUGCAGCGUGCCUGAGAUUCAGCUUUACUCAGAAGGCCGCACAGAGUAUUUUCCUAUCUCUAUUCAGAGUUCAAUUGCUGAUGUAGAAGAACUGGAAGUCAAAAAUCCUACUCUUUCUGUAAAAGCAGGAGUAUGGUUUGCCUAUUCAGAUGUCAAUUACAAAGGAGAAGUGAUGGUUUUGGAAGAAAAUAACUGUCCGUGUGAAAUUUCAACAGCUGACAUAAAAUCUCUUUAUCCUUUGAAAAUGGUUAGCCUAAAGGUGCAGAUGCCUCUGAAUGUUCAGAUAAUACUAUAUGAGAGACCACACUUUGGAGGAUGGUGUAAAGAGCUUUCAGAAAAUAUUGAUUGUGUUCCAAUACUCUUUGAAAAUGCGGGUGACUUCCAGGGAAUCGGAUCAAUACGUGUCAUUGGCGGAAUAUGGGUUGCUUAUGAAAAGGAACGAUAUAAAGGACAGCAAUACUUGUUAGAGGAAGGAGAAUAUGAAGACUGGCCAUCAUGGGGUGGGAUGAAUAGCACCCUUCUCUCUUUUCGAUUUUUGCAAGCUAAUUUUAUGGAGUCUGCAAUAACACUUUUUGAAUCUGAUGAGGAAGAUGGGAAAUUGCUAGAUAUCAUCAAUGAAGAAAUCCCCGACUUGGAAGUGGCUGGUUAUGGCCUCGUGACGAGAUCCAUUAAUGUGAAAAGUGGAGUGUGGGUUGCAUAUCAGCAGAAGCACUUCUGUGGAGAACAAUAUGUAUUGGAGAAAGGCAAAUAUAAAUGUUUUUUUGAUUGGGGAGGAUCUAGUGAAACCAUCAUGUCAAUCCGCCCAGUUAAGCUGGAGCCAUUAGGAAAUCAUGAACCCAAACACUGGCUUAAAGCUUUCAGUAACACACAUUUCCAAGGAACAUAUAUGGAUAUUACAACAGAAGUUGCUGAGUUUGACUCAUUCUCACCUUGUUCUUUUAAAGUUCUGCGGGGAUGUUGGUUGCUGCAUUACCAGGGGAGCUCAGAUAAUGAUCAGUGUGUGCUGGAAGAAGACCUCUACACUGACCUUGCUUCCUGUGGCUGUCCAGCAGCUGCAGUCAAGUCCCUUAAGCCCGUUGAAUAUGUGUUUGCUGAGCCUUUCAUCAGUCUUUUUGCUUUGGAGAACUGUGAAGGCAGAGAAUGGCAUUUGCAAGAAGCUGUUGGUUCAGUUGUAAAUAAGGAUCUUCAUUUCCUUACCCAGUCUGUGUGGGUGAAAAGUGGACUAUGGAUCGCCUAUGAAGGUUGUAAUUUUGUAGGGAAGCAAUUUCUCCUCACACCUGGCAAGAUUUCAAACUGGACUCAGUUUAGCAGCUGGAAAGUAAUUGGUUCCCUUCGUCCUGUGAAACAGCCAGCAGUGUACUUCAGAAUAAAGAACAGGUCCCAAGACAGAUACCUGACAGUUGCUGGGAAUCUAAUGGAUGCAAGAGCCUCAUCUGUAUGUCUUUCCCCAUUAAAUGGGAAGAAUACUCAGAUCUGGUGCUACAGCUGUGGUCUGAUCAAAUCAAAGGUUAACAACGCUUGCCUUGAUGUCAUUGGAGGCAGAGAUACUCCAGGAGCCAAAGUAGCUUUGUGGGUAGAACAUGGAAAGGCAAGGCAGAAGUGGACAUACAACAAGGAUGGGACUAUCAGUUCAUACCUCAGUGAUCAGCUUGUUCUCGAUAUCAAAGGAGGAUGCUAUUAUGACAGGAACCACAUUAUUGUAAACCAAGUAAACAGCAAUGAAUGUACACAGAAAUGGGAUGUUGAAAUAUUGUGAAUCAGUUUGCUACUAUAAAACAUGUAACAGUACGGCCAAACUACUGAAGUCACAUAGCACUGGUGCAUGUUGUAGAAUAUAUCUUGAAUUUUCCAGGCAGAAAAUCAAAAAUUGUCAAAAAUUUCAAGUAUGUAAAUAGGCUAUGCAAAAGUAAUUCUAUAUUGUCUAAUUUAGGAUAUCUCUUCACAAGGUAAAAUGAAGUAGUGUCCUAUACAGCAGUCAUAAUUAAGCAAUAACUAAAACCAAUUUAACUGAUCUUGUUCCUGUAAAAAUGUGUAUUUCUUUAACACUUUACCUCAUCAUGCAAUAACUAGUGAGAAUUUUGCCCUUAAAUGCAUCUUCUGUUAAGUUACAGGUUAUGUGCUGUCAGUGGAAGCGUGUUCAAUAUUGCACUAUUGUAUCAAUGUAUCUCACUUUUAAAGAAAACUAGGAUUGGAAUCCUGUUAGUGCCUUAUGUGAUUGUAGGUGGUAACACAGCAACAGGAGAAAAAAGGCCAUAGGUGCAUAGCUGAAAGGAAAAGCAGAGGAAAUCGCUGCCAUUGGGAAGGAAGGCUUCCAGCAGCUUAUUUCUGCAUUCUACAACAUUUGCAUUAUUAUCCUAAACCAAGGUGUUCUGGGAAGGCGGGCUUGAAAGUGUUCAUCUCUGCCAGUUCUGCAAGCUACUCUUCCAGAACAUCCAACAUCUCAGGACUCAUCUGGAAAUCAGGCCUUGCAAAAAAAUAGGCUGCUCAGAGCCAACAGCUUUUUCUCCCAACAGCAACAACUUCUCCUGCUUUCCUCCACUAAGCCAAAAGCGCAACUGCUCGUGUGAUGCACCAACAAGAUUCCAGUUCAUGAGUGUUUGAUCUCAGGUUUCAUAAUUCUACACCAUCAUUACUAUACUUCUUGGUCUGUAUCUACAAAUGGACUAUGAGAAUUGCAAGUAAAAAUGCACAAUACUCUAUCAAGCUCAGACUCAGUAAAAACAAUUCUCAUCAUAUUUAGUAUACAAAUGAUUUUUAUGAAAGCAGUUGUUCUUAUGUUGGAAAUAAGGGCUCCAACAACUCAUUAUGGGUGAUUCACAACACCAGUGAUUUUGCUUAAAUUAGUCCAAAAUGGAUAGUAGCACAAGUGUGUGUGCUUAAUUCUUUUCCUAUUGAAGUUUUUCCAACCUAUGUCAAAUCCAUGUGGGCAAAACCAGUAGUAAGGAUGGAUGGAGGCUUUCAAAAAAUGGAAAGGGGGUUAAACAUUGAAGGUAUCUUUCACACUAGACCAUUGUAGCACCAUUACAGCAUUUUACAAUAUCCUGGAAUUUGCAGUAUGGCAAGGCUCUAAAGCUCUCUGGUAGACAUUCUCAAGGAACUGCAAAUCCCAGAAGUCUGUAAGAUGGAGCCGUGGCAACUAAAGUGGGAUCAGAAUAUCAUAAUGUUGCAUGAAAAAGACUAUAAUCCCCAUUUGGCUACAGUUGCUUAUAAGUGAAAACUAAAUUGGGGGUGGAUCUUGGAUUUUCCGUUAGGUGUAUUUUUUGUUGUUCCCUAGUGAACACGGAAGUAACUGGCGAUCACUGCAGCUGUUGUUUGAAUGUAUCCCAAAGUAGGCAAAUGUGGGGGGCCAAGGGGCCUGUGCCCUCCCCAACAAGAACUCAAUAAAACUUUCCCCCAUGCAAUUUUGAAACAUGCAGGAUUACUAAAACUAUAUUCAUUACAUGUAAAUAUAGAAGAGCUCCAGUUGACUUGAGAAGCAAAAUUGGGUCUACCUCUUCCUUGCCUCACUAACUUCUCAAACUUACAUUUACUACACCUGUGAUGGACACAAUUUACAGCAAUUCCAAAGUAAUUUGUGGUACAAAAGUUUAGUUUGCAGUGUUAUUGACAUUCACUCCAGAUCAAACUCAUGAUACAUGGAAAUUCAGAUAUACAAGAAUAGAAUCCUUAAAAAGCUCAAAUUUCUGCUAAAGACUGAAAUGUAUGUAAUAUUUAAUCAUUAUUUAAAGACUUCAUGUUUUCAACAUAAUAGAAAGGAGAAUUAAAUGCUCAGGAGCUGUUUGCACAGGUGGUUCUCCAAACUGGCAGACAUACGAAUUUAAAAGUUUGCCUCAGCACAUGGGUGUUCAGUAUUAUAAAAUGUAUGGUUUCAGUAAAUCUCAAGUGUAUUUUUGGAAUCAAAGGAAAUCAAGACUGAUUAGCUAAAACCAAAAGAUAUGGGACUCAAUUUCUUAUCUUUUUUUAAAAAAAACAAACAAACAAAAAACAGCUGCACAGAUUCUCACCCUGAAAAUAUUGAAGACUAGUAAAACUCUAUUUUUGUACAGAUAUGGCUUUAUUAAUAUAUUCAAGAAAAUCUACCUAAGGGCUUGAUCCACAACUCAGCUACAUUAUACCAGCGACCACAGAAUAGCAAACUCCAUCUUUCCUUGGAUUUUGGGACACAGAGGCACACAGGACAACCGUUUGUUGAACAGCUGCUCAUUUGGGCGUAACAGAGCAAGACAGUGGCUGCUGCAAUAAGACCCAUUGAUAAAAGCAGCUGUGUAGUGUCCAGAUCCUGAAAUAAAUCUAGAUGUUCACAGAAGUGCAGUGGAUUGCACCUUAAUAGCACUUUAAAUUGUAAAAUAAACCAUGUAUUUACUUUUUUGCAUUUAUAUUAUGUAACUAGAAUCCCUAAAUGUAUUUUCAUCAGAAGCACUUAUUUAAUAAACAUUUUCUGUAUGUUA